AUUUUUAAUAAAAAUGUCCAAAGAGGCCUUAAAAAUAGCUAAAAUAUAUACAGAUUUCGAAAAAAUCGUUAAAAAACUCGAAGGAACAUAUCCUCUUCCAGCUUACUACAUAAAGCUGCACUCAGUAAUGAAAGCCAUGAAGAUGUGUGGGGAUAAGAAGACGGCUGACUUCAAGGAGAUUCGGAACACCGCAAUGAAAAAAAUCGAAGAACUCGAGACUAUGAAGACCAACCUCAAGAACAUCCCUGAGGAAGAGAAGAAGGACACCUUCUUCCAGUUCGUUCAGAGCCAGUUCACCACAGUUGACCGGGAGGAACGGACUACUGAGAAAGUGACCAUGCUGCACGCUCUAGCGUUCAAGCAAUGAGCCUUUGUCAUUGAGUGCCUCGAAGAGAUCAAGCUGUAUGAUGAAGAGUGGCAAGAACGAAGGAAAUAUUGCUUGUUCAAGGCAGGCGAUAUUAUGAAGUGACUUAAGAGCGGGACCACGCCGAAGAGAGGGAAUCCUAAUGAAGAGGAUGAGGAUGGGUAUAGUCUCAAUGAAGGAGAUGGUAUUAGUUCACAGCCUGCUAGAAAAAGUACAAAGGGAGGAGGAUCUGCUUAUCCUUCUCUUGGCCCACAGCCAGAUUUAGGAAUUCCUGAUGCUGUGAGUAACGAGGAAAGUAAAUCUGCAGGAAGUAGCAGUGAUAAUGAUGAAAGUGGGAGUGACUCUAGUGAUGAACCAUCUCCACCACCAAAGAAGAAGGAGACUUAUAAACCUCCUCCACCAAACAAGCCUGCUAAGAAGGGCAAAACAACAAAGAAGGGCAAAGAGUUCUAUAAAGCCAUUGAACUGGCCAAAAAGCACUGUAGGAACUGUAUCAGCAACCUCGGAUAUAAUAAGGUAGCUCCUUCAAUUGACGAAAUUGAAAAAGCUCUAGAAAUCUUAAGAGAACUCGAGGACUAAUUUGGGCAAUUCUGACUUAAAAAUUCUUU